GUACGGCCGCCGUCACCUCCAUCGAGACCCUCGCCGCCGCCGUCGGCGGUUGCGGUCGCGCCACCAAUGCGGCCGCCAGGAGGGGUGGCCGCCGCGGCGGCGUGUACGGCAACACCGGCGGCAUCGAGUACGGCGUCAGUUGCUUUUGCCUUAUCGGCAAAUGGGCCCAUUGUCCUUCUCGGCGUGGAUCCUGCGAACCCCGAAAAGGUGCGCAUCCGCCAUUCCGGCCUCAUCCUGCGCUCCCCCGACACCCUCACCCUGGCAGGACUCACGCUGGAGUACCUGCCUCCUCCCCACCACCACCACCCAGUAGCUCCCCAGCAAGCACCAACCCAACCAGUACCUAUCCUACCGGUAACCAG